CAGAGUGCACGUUCUGUUCAUCGAGUUUCUUCCAAUUUCCAUUUCUGCUCUUUUCCUGUACGGCAAGCGAAGUCGUGCUCGUGGUCGUAGUCGUGGUCGUAAUUGCUAACAGUACUCGUCUCGACGCAUGGAGCGGGAAGCAAGGACAAAGUGUAAGCACCACCGGCAGCACAAGCCCCAGAGAAAGCUCGCAGACGCCCUCCGGUGUGCCGGCUUCGAUAUCUUCCACGGGCCCUUCUCCCCGAAAAAGUACAACGAUCUCCUCGAGUGCGAGGGUCUGGAAGGUCUCUCGAGACUGCCGGAGGAGCGAAGGUGCACGGGCAGCAGCGGAAGCAACAGCAGCGGAAGCAACAGCGACUACGAGGCCUACCUGAUUGGGAACACUAAACACCUUUGGCCCGUGUUUCUGGAUUGGCUGCAGCUGCGGCGUCAAUCAGCAGCAAGCACUGCCACUGCCACCGCCACUACCACCGCCAGCAGCAUCGAAGCACAUCCCCUCGACACCUACGAACGAACCGCGAUCGAAAGGGUCGUCCGGGAAAGCCUCGGCCCGGACGAAGAGAAAGGCAAAGGCAAAGACGCCAACUGCAACACUAACUGCGACACGAACGCCUGCCGCUGCUACGAGCUUUUCUUCUCGUCCGACCUAGGGACCGGCCUGGUGUCCAUGGCGAGGGUGGCCUCCUGCAGCGGCUUCUCCUACCUGGAUCCCCACACGCACCUCAGCAUCCACCCCCGCUACGGAACCUGGCAUUCCUACCGGGCGGUGCUCCUGCUGGCUUCGGAAGGCCUUCCGCCGGGGCUUUUCGAAACCGGGACCAAGACGGAGACACCGAUCCUGACACCGAUCCAGAACCCCCUUUCUCCUAUCGACGCGCGGAAAUCGAGAAAGGCCUUUGACCGGGCCCUAGCGAUCACCACGGGCACCACAACGGACGAGCUAAUGGACGAGGCCAUGGAAGAGCUGUGCGAGAUGCUCGGAGCCGGUUUGUACAGGGACGUACGCGACGAACGCCAGGAGGAAAACGACAACGACAACAACAACAAAACCAAGUCCAAAAACGAAACCGUCGCGGCGGCGUGGAUUGCGCUGCGGGACUCCAUAUCGAUCGGCCGGGAGGACUACCGCUUCGGAACAAACCAAUUGCUCUACCACUACACCAAGGAUCCGAGGCACCUGCUGCCGUGACGGUGGUGCGAUGCCACGUC